AUGAGUAAUGAAUACGGUGCAAGAUUUCCGAUGGACAUUUCAUAUAAAGGCGGAAACAAUGGCCCGUAUCAGUACCAUGAACAAGACAGUAAAUAUCCGGAAAAUGUCCGCACUGCAAAUCGCAUCACUAGAGAAAUUCGGGAUUAUGUUUUGCAGUAUUACCGGCCGAAGUUUGAGAAAAAUCGCACAGAUGCAAAUUACACAUAUCAAACUAAUUCGCCUCGAGAAUAUGAUUCAUCAUCAGUUAAUCUUCAGAACAUCAAUGACGAAGUGAACACUAAUGAUGUUAAUGCAGAAACAACCGAGGAUUUUGCAACUCUUGUGAAAUCACUUGGAGAAGGAAGACGUGUUAUACGACAGGAUCCUGAAGGCGAACCUGAACCUGAGGGCGAAAACGGAGAAGGUGGAGAAACUACGCCAGAACCUGCUGAAGAAUUCCUUUUAUUUCAAGUCAUUUUUUUAUCAAAAAUUAAAAAUUUCGGACUGUUUACCAUGCUGCGCGUGUUCAACUUCCAAUACAUGUAUGUCGACUCCUGCGUCUUGGACAUAGAUAAACACAUUGAUACUAUCACAAAAGCAGCUUAUAAAUUAAGCAAUCAUCUAUUGGAUAUUGUGAAUGCAACCAAGAUUUACACAAUGGUACCAUCAUGGGGUUACAAGGAUCCAAAUUCUGUAGGAGGAUGGAACGGAAUGCUUGGACAAUUGCAUCGAGGAGAAGCAGAUAUAGGUACUCCAUUAUUUUUGACUACUGAUCGAGUGUCAUUAAUUGAAUAUAUAUCUAUGACCACACCGACCCAGGCAAGAUUUGUGUUCAGGGCUCCUCCUUUAAGUUAUGUCCAAAACUUAUAUCUUCUUCCAUUUGAUCGAGGUGUAUGGCUCGCUAGUCUGAUUUUUAUCCUUUUAAUGAUAUUUGUUAUUAGUUGUACAUCAAUGCUAGAAACAGAUGAGAAUACAGGAGUUUGGAUAACAGUAAGCAAUUCUUUCCUAUUGUCAUUGGGAGCAAUAUGUCAACAGAGUCCCCCUAAAAGUCCAAGAUAUCCUGCAGGAAGAAUAGUUACUUUAUUUUUAUUUGUGGCUGUUAUGUUUCUAUAUACUUCAUACACCGCUAAUAUAGUAUCUUUGCUGCAAGCUCGAACCUACAGUAUCAGAACACUCAAAGAUUUACUCAAAUCUCCAUUAAAAAUCGGAGUUGAUGACAUUGUUUAUAAUCAUUACUACUUUUCGGUAAAAAUUCAAAAUUCAACUGAUCCAGUUCGGAAGGAAAUUUAUGAGAAAAAAGUUGCUCCGAAAAAUAAAAAACCAAACUUUUUCAGCCAGCAAGAUGGUAUUAAUAAAAUGAGACAGGGUUUAUUUGCUUUCCAUAUGGAACGUGGUGCCGGAUACAAAGUUGUAUCAGAAACAUUCUACGAAGAUGAAAAGUGUGGUCUAAUGGAAAUAGAUUUUUUGAAGUUCAAUGAUCCAUGGAUGCCGGUGCAGAAACGUUCUCCAUACAAGGAAAUCUUCAAAGUAAACAUGUUCAAAAUACGAGAAAGUGGAAUACAAUCUCGUGAAAUAGCACUGCAUUACACCAAGAAACCAGUUUGCACUACUGGGGGUGCUAGUUUCGUUAGCGUGGGAUUAGUCGACUGCUACUUCGCAGGAUUUCUACUCGCUGCCGGAAUUGCGAUCUCUAUAUGUAUAUUAGUGAUUGAAUUAUUGAGUGGUUCGUGCCGAAUCAAAACUGAUGAUGUCAGUCAAAAUAGUGAACUAACAACUAAUGACACAAACAGAGUAAAUGAAAAUAUACAUUUUUUGGAAUGA